AUGGCAGAAGCCAUGCUUCCAUCGAGCACCAUCGAUGGAAGGAGCCUAAACCGUGAAAUGAAACUGGCGGCAUUCACGGGGGCCCAGAGAGAUCAAAAGACUCCCGACUCUCAUUGUGGCCAGAUCAAAGCUGAGUUGGAUGAAGUUCAUGGCACAUCUGCUCCUGCGUUUACAACUAUUUACGAUUGGGUAAAUGAGUUUAAACGUGGCCGUACAUCCACAAAUGAUGAACGUCGUUCGGGACGUCCAGUGGAAGUGACUACUCCCGAAAUGAUUGACAAAACCCACAAUAUGGUUUUGAGUGAUCGACGAAUCAAAGUGCCUGAAAUAGUUGAGAUCACAGAUAUAUCGCAAGAGACAAAGGAACAGUCAAAACAGUGGGUUUUUGAAGACGAACGGGCUCCGAAGGAGGCGAAGACGGGGAAAUCGGUCAACAAGAUGAUGGCCACAGUUUUUUGGAAUGCACGCGGAAUCAUCUGCACUGAUCACUUGGAAAAAGGAAAAACAAUAACUGGAGAGAAUUAUGCGUCGUUAUUGCACUGGUUGAGCGAAGAAAUCAAGAAAAAGACAAUCCAUCAAGACAAUGCAUGGGGCACGUCUCGCGCGAACGACAAUGGCGGUUUCGAUUUCGAGAAGUAUGGCGCGUGUGUCGAUCGGAUGAAGCCGUUUCUCGGGCCUAGUUUGGAGAACAGAAUCUACUCGGGGCUGGAGGAGUUCGUUUGCAAACCGAAUUCCCCAGCCUCGAAUCGUUUCCCGUGUGUGAACCGAUGCUUGGACGCGGCUGUAGCAUGGGUCGACUAUUUGGACACAUUCUGCGCCAAGAACGCCGACGCCCGGGAAGAAAUGAUCAAGCACGCGAUCGAAUAUCUGGUCAAAGAUGGCCUGGUGACACACUUCGUGGAUCCUGACGGUCUUAAUAACAGGGUGAAUAGAAUAGUAUGCCGGGAGUUCGAUUCCUCAACCCCCGAGCAAAAUGUCUUGAAGAGCAUGAGUGUCUGGGCGUUCAUUAACGAGAAGAACUAUUGGCUGUGCCAGGAUUGCGCAAACACCGAUCAGAUCUACGCAAGUGUGGAACCAUUUCCAAUAAUCGAUCCACACAACAGCGACCUGGAAGUAGAAGUCGGCUCGAUCACGAAGGAAGUCCCAGGAGCUUGCAACGUUCACGAAAAAUGCCCUAAUCGUUACUCUCCUGAUCAAAGAAUCAUCAACGCGGAAUCACCUGAUCAUUCAAGUCAAAACACAAAAAACUGGCAUACCACGACGGCGUGUAAUUGCACUCAGGUUAAUAUCCCGCGUAGACCCUCGAAGCUGAAAGUUUUCUUUCACAAAACAACGAAUACCAGCCAGUCGAGGGUACCGUGUCAACGAAAAUUGACCAGUCUCUCCAUACCUUGCAAACCUAGUCAGCUGAUCGUUCGAAUAUUCGAGGCAGACCCGUCGUUGUCGGAUUCUUGUCUGAUUCUGAUGAAGAAGAAGUUCGAGAACAGCGUUCGUAACGCUUGCUCUUGCAUAAACGAGAUCCUUGGGAAGCUGGACGAAGCCGUGAUCAGAGAGCUGCGUCUCGGUUGCGAGAUCCGAUCGGGUCGCAUCGAUUUGAGCCUUCGACGCUCGCGAACGUCCAAGGAUCGAUUGUUCUUGGCUCGUUUGCCUACCUGUCGAGGCGCUCGUGAACGCGACAAACAUCGCGGGAUCGUAGAUAGACGCGAGUGCUUGCAGCCUGGAGUCGAACGGUUGUCAGAGGACCUCGAGGUUGGUCGUUUCGCUGCAGCGAGGAGCAACGAGAAAGAUGGCGGAGGUAAACAGAAACGCGUCACCUUCUAUUCGCCGUGCUCGGACAACAACUCGAUGGAGGAGAAGGGAACGAAUAAUGUCUCGUUCGAGGAAUGUUGUGGAAGAGGCGUAGUCGAGAAACAAGUCGAUUUUGCGUGGACCAAGAAAACGGCGGAAGUUCGAACGGACGAAGUGGUUUUUAACUUUAGAAAUCCGUUCUUUUCACUUCGAAGAGGAGGACCAGUCGUUGGAGACUCGAAGUCAGUCGCGAGCAUGGAGUCGUCCGAUUCUAAUUGUGGUUGUUUCUCCGACAGUUUGAGAGAGGAGGAGGAUUCGUUGAAAAAAGUUUGCAGUCCCCAGCAAUGUUUCUGCCAUGUUUUCGAGCAGAAAGAGGACGAUGAACGUGAGGAUUGCGCGGAGGUAGAACAUUUUGAAGGAGAUCGAGUGGAAGAGGUUCGCCAGGCGGCUUCGAAGACGAAGGGAGCUGUUUCGCAGAUCGAAGAAGGUAUACGGAAGGAGAUUUUGGAAAGAGAGGAAGGAAUUUCGAAAAUAGAGACACGAAGAAGCGGAUUUGAUACUGUGGAGAAAUACAGCGACGACACCAUUUGUCCAUUAAGUUCCAGUAUCAACGACACCAAGUGUUCCUGUUGCGGCAAUGAUAUUUCAGACUCGGAAACGACCAAUAUCGAACCCGAAAACAUCGUUUUCAUCGAUUCCAACGAAACUACUGCUAAUAUUGAGAUUUUCGAAACAUCGAGUUUACGAUGUUCGGAAGAAACGAAAGACAUUCCGUCGACCAUUCAGCCUUUGGAAUUCAAAAUGUCGAGUAUUGCUAACGCGGAGGGAGAAUCGAUUGUUAAAAAUCAACCUGUCAGAGAGUUUGUGUUUAAUGGUUAUCCACGGAAAUGUCCAGAAAUCUGUGAACAAAAUCUGAUCGAGGAUAAUGACGACCAAAGAGUGGAUACGAACGAGCUUGCAUGUCGAUCGAAUGCUUUCACGGAUCGAGAGAGCAUUUCUGAAGAUUUAUGUCCUUAUAUGAGCCGUGAAGGGAGGUCGAUGCUACGAGAAUCGAAACGCUGUACGCGCUACGCGAAUUGCACGCUGUCCCGUUCCACGAAGAAUCUUCGAAAACUCGACGCGAAGACCAAGAAAGAAUCACUCGUGGACCGUAAAGCGAAAGAGGAGGACGAUCUUUCCGUGUUUUCCCGAUACAAGAGUCGCUUCUGGAGGGGUUCGAUCGUUCCCGGUAACCUGUGCAGGUCCUUCCCAACGGCAUCCAUCGAUCGAAUCAAGUACCUGAUACGCAAGAAGCUUCGCAGACUGUUGCUGGAGGAGCGGGACAAGGGGACCAGCACGUCGAAAACGUUUCUAAAGGACGACAGAUACCUCGUCAGUGUUUCCAGCGGGAAGCUGACCGGGAAACGAAUAAUGGAGGAGAGCCACCCAGAUGGUUCAUCCUCCAACCGAUGUCCGUUCACGGCGAGAAAUCGGGCCAGAGUCGCGGAACCUGAACAAACUUUCGCCGAAAGUAGCUUCGAGAGAAGGAAGAACGAAGUUACGGAAGACAGCGGGAAGAAACGGUCUCAGAAAAUUAUUGACGGCGAUAUCCUUAAAAAGAUCGGUGUCCUCGAUGUUUCGAGACACUAUCGCACACAUAAAUCGAUAGAUGCCGGAUCAGGGACGAGUAAUUGCAGAACCUUUUAUGAUUAUAGUUCCGGUAGACGUUCUAACAUUGCAUCAUUCGGUUCGAAGGAGUUGCUGUUCGUCGAAGACGAUGUCGGACGGUGUUCCGGGGACGUGGACGAGAAGCAAAUGGCGGAUCACGCGUAUUUUAACAAGCUGCUCCGCGAAAGGGGUCGGAAUUCUAAGGAAGAGAACUUUGCGAAGCAAUUUAACAGAGAUUUUUAUUCGAACCGGACCUGGAGGAGAUCCAGGAAGAAUUAUUGCGGAUGCGAGUCCUUCGAUGAAAGUCGGGAAGACGAUGUAAGAUCGUUCGAGAAACAUUUAUUUAAAUUCGGGGUGAAUCGUGACGAGGAUCUCGCAGGGUUCCGCGAUUACGAGAGAUGCAUGAACGAACUCAGCGCGGACUUUAGGUCGAAAUUGCUGGAAUACGUCGAGCUUUGCAGGAGCGUGAAAGACUCGUUGAUAAAGAGGCUACGGUCAGACGAUGUUUACGAGGUCACCUCGAGCUCCGUCUAGCGAAGAUUGAUUUCUGAUGGACGACAAGCAACGACGAUCGCCGUCGAUGGAAUAACAAAUCUAUAAUCGUCGCCACGAAGCAGAUUUUAUUCACGAAUAACGAAUAAAGAAACUACGAAUGAAAUGUAAACGAAAUUUAGUUUACAAACGAAUCUGGAAUUUUUUAAAAUUUGACCAACUCUCUCGCGAAGAAGCGAAUAUUUUAUGCAAACCGUUACGUUUCUCCUUGUUAUUUUCUUUAAGGAGUGUUUUUAUAGUACACAUAAGUUUGUACCGAAUCAAAGUUAUUGAUUCAUCCUGCAUAACGGUAGUUAAAUCUCUUUCAGAACAUUCAUGUCGUAUCUUGGCUCUCUUCAUACCUUAAGUAUGAUAUAUGAUUCGGGGAGUGU